AUGGAUGAAAAAAUGUGUCGAAACCACCCCCUCCCGUCUCGCCUCGAGUCAGAGUGCAUCUACGGGGACGGAAUGACCUUCACAUACAGAGAAACAUCGGUGAAGGAGCUAGAAAUGUAUCUCUACUUCAAUCCAAUUAUUGUCGAUAUACUAGAUGGGAGAGUUAAUAACUUCGCUAAAAUUAUCAAUACCAGAAGCGAGAGUGGAGUAUGUUUCGACAAAUCGUUGAAAUGCAGUAGCUGGCUGGGCGACAAAGAGCUAGACACAUGUACGAUGGCUUCAAAAUCGCACCUCACCAAGCUCUGUACUAAAACGUGUGGCUCGUGCCUAGAUCUGCUUCCAACGGCUGUAAACGAAUGUAUAUUUCUACUGGAGUCAACGAACAAGUGGAAGCAUUUUGACCCCGACGGCUGGUCUGCCGAGGUCACCCUGAUCAAUGGCAGCUUGUCCGUUCCCAGAUUGGGGAGGUUCACGUGCAAAAGUAAACACUGGGAGAAGAAUUAUUACAAAGUCGUUUCGCAUUACGAUAACGGAUGGAGUUCCUGGUUCGCGAAAAUAUGUCCCUUCAAAAAUAAUUCCAAGUACUUAUGGCAAGCGAUUAAUAAAUUAUUAGGAAAUGAGACAGGUGUUGAGAAUGAAGUUGGUUCAAUGCAGAGCGCCGAUGAUUUUGAGAAAUUUUUUGCUGACAAAUUAAAAGUGACCAGAAAGUUGACAAAAUUCUCCAUCUUGACUGAAGAACAGAUAUCUAAAGUUGUUAAUUCGUCACCUACGAAGUCAUGCUCACUAGACCCAAUACCGACGCAUGUAUUCAAAGAAUAUGCUGUCGGUUUUAUUGUCUACUUAACGGACAUAAUCAACAUGUGCUUAACGAAGGCUGUCAGUUCAGAGAGUGACGUAUCGUUUGAUAACUGCGAAGUAUUCCGGGGUAGCAAGAAAAAUAAUAAGAAUAACAACAACAACAACAACAGUAAUAAUGACAACAAUAAAAACAAUUAUAAUAUAAUUAAUAAUAAUAAUGAUAAUUAUGACGAUGAUGAUGAAGAUAAUGGUGAAGAGAUCGUCAGCGUCAGAAGUUCCCGCGCUAAGGCCUUCUUGAACGCUAAUAGAUCGGUAGAAUUUUCAUGCCAGUUAGCUGGCGAAGUGAAAGUGAAAGUGGUAAAAGCGGACGAUGACAGCGAUGAUGAUAAUGAUGAUGACGACGACGAUGAUGAUGAUGAUAAUAAUGAUGAUGAUGACGAUGGUGGUGGGGAUGUGAAAAUAGUUAAGAAUGCAGAAUGCCGUGGCACCCUAUCUGAUUGGAAUGAGGAGUACUGUGGUAAAGAGGGCAGGUUAAAACUACGUCUGACAGGAACAGCCUAUAUCAAAUGCGUGUCCUACAUUGAGUUGAACGCCCCCCGACGCUAUAGUGGUAUCGCCCGGAAAGCCGUUCUCGUCACGACGACCAGCGACUUGCCCAAUACGUUUCUAUGCUGGGUGAGAGGGAUUGUAGAGUUUCAGGACACAACGAGAACGACGCACACUAACCAGCACACGCUAUGGAAGUCCAUUCAUCUCCAGAGGAAUGCCGCCAGUUGCGGGUUCAAAAACACGCGCGCCCGUCAAAAUAGUAUCAGUAAUAAUAACAACUCUAAUAAUAGAGAUAACAAUGAUGGUUAUGAUGAUGAUGACGGUGGUGGUGGAGGUGAUGAUGAUGAUAUCUUACUUCGUCUUAAAGUUGUUAAUGGUAGAAUAGUUCUCGAUGCGGCCCUCACAACAAAAAGUUUGCCCACCCCUUAG